AUGGAUGACACCGCAGUUCCCUCCACAUCAUCUUCGAACUCCACCCAGCGACGAGGAAAAUCGUCUAAUGAUCGCAACGACCCCGAUCCGUCAGACUCGCAACCACCACCAGUACCACCCCCACCCUCCGCCUCUUCUUCAUCUGGCACAAACGGAAACUUCGAAUGCAAUAUCUGCCUAGAUCAAGCACAGGACGCCGUGGUGAGUCCGUGUGGCCAUCUCUUCUGUUGGCCCUGCCUUCACCAAUGGAUUGAAGUGAAACGAUCUCAGCCCGUCUGUCCUGUCUGCAAGUCUGUCAUCAGCCGCGAAUCGGUCAUUCCCCUCUAUGGCAGAGGUGCCGACCACAAAAAUGACCCUCGGAGUAAAAUUCCCCCAAGGCCACAAGGUAGGAGAACUGAGCCCGAACCACAAAGGGAGUCUCCUUUCAGUGCAUUCAGCAAUUUUUUCGGGGGAAACACCGGGGCAGCAAGAGACGACGGUGGCGGUGACGGGAAUUUCCAUGUUUCCUUUGGCAUCGGCCCUUUCCCCUUCGGUCUUUUCACGACUUCAUUCAAUGUUGGCGGUGGCAGGGGCACCGGCGACGGACUAAACAAUAAUCAAGCUGGUGGCGUCAACGACGCCGAGGCCCUUUCGAAGGUCUUCUUCGCCAUCGCAAUGGUGCGUGUCAAGUACCGCUACAUCGUAUCAAUCGUCUCUAUUGGUUCCACGAGUGGAGGCGUGUGUCAGGGCGUCGCCAACCGACCCGGCUACCCCGGCUGCCCGCCGCUCUGUGUCACCGCGCCAUCGUCGAGCACCGCCUCAGACGACACACUGAUUUACAGGGCUAUAAAGCGAUCAAUGCAGACGGCUCAUGGCACCAUUGGAGUGGGCAGAAUGAUGUCGCGAUUUCGCAUAAUUUACUGGAAUCCAUUUUCGGGUCUUCUCAUCAUCCGUGUGCUCCGAGGCCUCGCAACCGAACAGAUGACCUCUGCUCUGUCUCUGAUAACCGUCGUACAAGACGGACCGAUUGAACGACCAGCAGUGGUUGACGUCGUUCACCGAAGUGGUACCGUUCGGUGCUGUCAAAAAUUCAUUGUUGACUAUUACAAAACCCAGUUGUCAGGCUGCAUUUCGGGUGUAACGGAAACAGCCAUUGCACGGGCCGUCGCGCGCAAGCUGAUUGAUACGAAACCUCCGGACUUAAAUCUAGAUUUGAACUAA